ACCUAGCUUAUAGCUUAUAGGUGACUCGCAUGACUCGGGCCAGGUCAUAGCGGUCAUAGAUAAGCUGAACGACUAGAUCAGUAGCUUCAAGAGUCUUUCCCGUCCUUUUACCCGGCAGGCAAUACCGCCCCAAAGGCAUCAAAGCAUUGCAUUUGUCGAUAUGAUCCAAGCGGUUCUCAUAUUUAAUAACCACGGCAAAGCCCGGCUGUCCAAAUUCUAUACCCCUCUCCCCGCUCAAUCACAGUCAGCCCUGCUCUCCCAGAUCUUCUCGUUCGUCUCCGAUCGACCAGCAGGUCUAUGCAACUUUCUCGACGCACCCGGGCUUCAUUUCCCUAGGGUCGGGGCGGAUGGCAAGGUCAAGCCGAGGAGGAAGGGCAAGGGUCGAAUGGGAGCUGGAUAUGGGCAGGGGUAUGGACAAGGGUAUGAGGGUGAUGAUGAUGAGGAUGACGAGGACGAGUCGCGGAUCAUCUACAGGCAUUAUGCCACGCUAUACUUUGUCUUUGUGGUAGACGGUGCGGAAUCAGAGCUAGGAAUCCUGGAUCUCAUCCAAGUCUUUGUGGAAUCCCUGGACCGAACUUUCGAAAACGUGUGCGAACUCGACCUGAUCUUUCACUUUGACGAAGUGCAUCUGGUGCUGGCCGAGAUUAUCCAAGGCGGGUUGGUAUUGGAGACGAAUCUGGCAGAGAUAGCUAGUUGUGUCCGUCAAACGAGGGCGUUGCGUCAAGCCUCAAUCAACCAGAACAAUCCGAUUUCGCUCAUGUCCAACUUUAGCGGUGGAGGGCGAGGUGGUGGCGGGGGCUCGGCUGGGGACAACGUUAGAAAUGUAGCGAAUCGAUGGUUGUCAGGCCUAGGUGUUGGGGCAGGAUAGUUAGUCCUGUAAUGGAACAGGACCCGGAUCUGACGAAGAACGUUCCCCUGGUGAUUGCACUAUCGUAUUUCCAUUGUCCCGGUUGUAUAUUUUGGGCUACAUGAACAUGAAAGCAGGCCUCGAGCAGGCUACCGUGAGAA